GUUUUCGAGUAUGGAAGGUCUGCGUGUGUCUGAGUUCUACAGCGGAAUCGGUGGGCUGCACUGUGCGUUUGAAACAUGCGGGACGAAGGGAAAGGUGCUGCACGCGUUCGACAUCAACACAGCCGCCAAUGAAGUGUAUAAGCACAAUUUCCCGGAUACAACCGUACACCAGCGUAAUCUGACCUCUUUUUCAAUAGCUAACCACAACGCUAUGCCAGCGGAUGUGUGGCUGAUGUCGCCCCCGUGCCAGCCCUACACACGACAAGGCAAGCAGAUGGGCUCAAAGGAUAUGCGAGCACAAAGCUUCAUUCAUCUAGUAGACCUCUUAGGCAAUCUGGAUACUCCCCCCAGUUAUCUAUUGAUGGAGAAUGUAUUUGGCUUUGAGAAAUCGGACACGCACGAAGUGCUCGUGGCACAGCUGACCAAACUCAACUACACAUACCAAGAAUUCUUGUUGACACCCGACCAAUUCGGUAUCCCCAAUUCGCGACUCAGAUACUUCUUAUUAGCCAAACGAGCCCCGCGAGCUCUACUCGAUAUUGGACUUCGGUCCAGACAAUCAUUCCAGGCGUUGAAGAAUGCCCUCCAAUUCACAAUAGCUCCAUGCGAUGUGGGUGUGAUCCAGACAACCAUCCCGGGCGAUGGAGAGUGCUUUCCAAGUCCACAGCACCACAACUACCACUAUACUACGAAGGCUGAUGUGGGGACAUCAGAUGAGUCGAACACAACAGAGGGCGGCAAUCCCGCGAUAGAUGUAGCUGAGCAAACAGCGGAAGCUGAUGAUAAAAACAAAACCACAAUAGCGCCAGCGAAACGAAGUUGUGACUCUCCGGUGGUUCGUGAGCGUGAUCCAGAAUCCUGGAAACGGCAGAAGACAGGCAGCGCCCAGUGCAAAGCGCUCUCCCACUUCCUGCAAAGUAGUGAGGAAUUGGCGGGCGAUCGUAUGGCCCCCGGGUUCAUAGCCGAGAAGGUGGUGGUGCAGAAAGGGCCGGUAUGGGACAUAGUGGUGCCAACCGACACCCGCAGCUGCUGCUUCACCAAAGCAUAUUCAAAGUAUCACGAGGGCACCGGUAGUGUCCUGCAGACAAAUACGGAGCACUCGUAUGUAUCGGCAUUUGAACCAAUCAUGGAGGCGCGGAGAAUCUCAAACGAAAACAAGCGAGCCCAAUUCGAAGAGAGCAAAGCCUCAUCGUCACACACCCCUGCGGAAACGCACACACAAGAACAGUCCCAAUCGCAAUCGCAAUCAGAAACAGAGCCGCAGACAUCGGCACAGUCCCUCGUUGACGGAAAAGAAGUACCGCCAACAGAGUCAGACAUCGGAACAGAGUUGCAAACACAAUCAAAGGCAAAGAUCGAGACUACCGAGGAGACAGCAGCGGACAAGUCCCCAGCGGUGGCAAAGGGUAUCAUGUCAGAAGUCCCACGCGAACAAAUUGAUGCUGUAAUGGCUUUGGGGCUCCGAUUCUUGAGCCCCAGAGAAAUCGCUCGGUUGCACUGCUUCCCAGAUACCAUGACAUUCCCAAAAAGUAUAAAUAGAAACUCGGCAUACAAAUUGCUAGGCAAUUCCCUGAAUGUCAGAGUGGUGAGUCGGUUAUUGACAUAUAUGUUUGACAGCCAAAAAGAACAAUAAAUCGAACUUAAUUUAGAAC